UCAUCAAAUCAUCAUUUUCCUCCUUUCUUUUUUUCCUUUCAUAAUUUAAUUUAAUUCACCGGAAAAACUGCAGGGCCUUUUUCACCGGAGAACGUUUCCAUCUCCUUCUCCCUCUCUUCUUUAAAGAAGCUUUGACUUCAAUUUCAAUGAACAACAACACUACGAGAGUUUGUUCUGAAAAUAUAUAAAAGGAGCAAACUUUUGUGUUUCCCCUGUUUUUUUUGGGCUUUGAAAAUUGUGAGCUUUUGGGCUUUAGAAGAAAAGCAGAAUGGGCUGUGCUGGAUCGACGCCGGCCAAGGGAGACGGGAAUGUGAAAAAGAUCAGGAAGCCAAAACCCUGGAAACACCCUCAGCCAAUUACAAAGUCUCAACUUGUGCAGAUGCGUGAAGAGUUUUGGGACACUGCUCCUCAUUAUGGUGGCAGGAAAGAGAUCUGGGAUGCACUUCGAGCUGCUGCUGAAGCUGAUCUAACCCUUGCUCAAGCUAUUGUGGACAGUGCAGGGGUCAUAGUGCAAAACGCUGAUUUAACCAUCUGCUAUGAUGAAAGAGGUGCUAAGUAUGAACUACCAAAGUAUGUUUUGAGUGAGCCGACCAACUUAAUCCGAGAUAGUUGAAAAUAGAGAGAAUUCUGAGUGCUGUGUGUGCAAGAAUGAAUGUAAAUCAUGUAUAUUAUGCUCUCAUGUUCUUUGGAAACACUUGAUAAACUCAGUGCCGGCAUUUAUGCCUUUUUGGUUUUUUUCCAACUUUUAUGUUUGACCAUGGACAUUCACUAGGUUGCUGUAAGUUUCUUUGAUGAAUCGAUCAAGGGCAUAAAACAUUGGUUUUGAAUUUGGUAAGUUGUCUCAGUUUUUCUCUGGGCUUGCUAGGCAAA